AUGGCGCUCACAGUGUCGAACGGCGAUCCAGGACCGAGCACUCGACGAGAAACGACCGAGAAGGUUCUGUCCCGCCUGAGCAACGAUUUCCCGGACGCGGAGUCGCUAGCUCAGCAUGAGCAGAUCCAUGCGCGGCUCCAACUGGAGAUCAUGGAUGUGAAGGAGGAGAUUGAGGUGCUGGAGCAGGAGCUGAGGAGGGAUCAGGAUCCGGGCAAGAUGAGCAGGAUACAGUCACAGAUAGGGCAACUCAUGCUGCAAAUCAAUGUGAUCCGAGAGAAGGCCGCCGAGGCUGAAGCUAUCGUCAAGGCCAUCACGACCGAUGUGCAGAAGCUGGACAUUGCCAAGCGCAACUUGACGGGCGCUAUCCAGACACUAGAGAGAUGGGAGAUGCUCAAACAAGCACAUCAGCAGCUGAAGGAUCUAUUACCUGGCAAGAGGUACAGGGAGAUAUCGCAAGCCCUAGCUGCGGUAUUACAGCUGCUCGGCCCGCUGAGGCCUCUCUCGGCCAUUGCGGAGGUUGCUGAGCUCUUCCGUGCAGCCGAGGAAGACAGGAAGCAGGUCCAGGAGAAGGUCGCGGCAGAGAUGGACGUCUACUUCCGACAAGAUCCCAAUCAUCCGCCAGAUCACGAGCUGGUCCAGCAGGUCUGUCUGGUCAUCGACGUCCUGGGCGCUGACUUCCGGAACCACAUCAUUGAGCGCUACCUCCAGCUCCAGCUCACCGAGUACCGCCGCAUCUUCCGCUCGACCGACGAGGCCGGCCAACUCGAUAACGUCCCCCGCCGAUACGCCUGGUUCCGCCGUAUUCUCAAACACCACGAUGACGAGGAUGUCGACCUCUUCCCAGCAAGCUGGGAGAUCUCGAGGCUGCUUACAACCAACUUUGCCGAGUAUACCAAGGCGGAUCUGGCGAAUGUGCUGGGGAAGCAGCAGCCGGGAGUGGCGGCUUUGUUGGAGGCGCUGCAGAGUACGCUGGAUUUCGAAGGUACUAUGGCCAAGCGGUAUGAGGUGCCGUUUGACGAGCUGGUAGGGCGAGGAGGAACGCUGUCGUCCGCGGCACAAGGCAAAUGGACGAUAUCGAGCGUGUUCGACGCUUACUUUGGCGUAUACGUUGAUGCGCAGGAUCGGGCGAUCGCCGACAUGCUAUCCCAAUACCGAGGUCCUCGCUCUCGCUCUUCCAUGGAGGGCGCCAUGCAGCACGAUACCGAAGUCGCUGGACCGUCUGUCCUGCCGUCUUCGACCGAGCUGUUCUACUUCUACGGCCAGACGCUGGAUCAGUGUCAGAAGUAUACGACGGGCGAGCCGAUGCGACGGUUAGCGAGGGUAUUUGGCAAGUGGCUGAAGGUGUACUCGGAUGAGGUGCUGCUAUCAGGUCUUAAGAAGGCCGAAGUCGGGCCCAGACGAUCCCUCGAAGGCAAGGCGAACCUACAGGAAAUCAAGCAGGCGUGCUUGAUCCUCAAUACGGCUGAAUACUGCCAAACCACAUCACUACAACUCGAAGAGCGGGUCAAGGACAAGAUCCAGGACUCGCUCAAGGAAGACGUGUCGUUCCAGGCUGAGCGGGAUACUUUUGCUUCCGUGAUAUCCAAUUGUAUUGCCACCGUCCUGCGAAAACUCGAGACCCACUGCGAACCCGCUCUAGCCGCCAUCAUCCGGUCUCCUUGGGCGAAUCUCGAUAAUGUUUCUGGGCGGUCUGCGUAUGUUGUCGAUCUGGUAGGGAGCAUCAAGCAGGUGGCGGAGAUUGUGCGGACGAGGGUCGAGGGGAAGAAGUAUAUCCGGAACUUUGCGGAUAAGGCUGUUGGACUGUUGAUGAGCCGCUUCACGCAGGCGGUGGUGCGGAGUCGACCCUUGAAGCAGAUCGGUGCCGAACAAAUACUUAUAGACGCACAAGCUUUGAAAGCUUGUCUGCUGGAUUUACCCGAACCGCAUCCGGAGAACUCGACAAAUGCUUAUACCAAAUACGUCACCAAGAACAUCGGGCAGCUCGAGACUAUGCUGAAAGUGGUCAUGGCUCCAGAUGACCCGCCAGAAGGCUUCGUACAUAAUUACUGCCUGCUGAUCGGUGAUCGCGCUUUCACCAACUUCCAAAAGAUUCUCGACCUGAAAGGCACCCCGCGCAGCGAACAACAAAAGCUCAUCGACACCUACUUAUCCGUCACAGCGACCAAAGACGAUCUUGCCGAUACCUCCUUCCUCACAUCGCUCGAUAUGGACCCAGCCCAAGAGCGCAUGAUCGCUUCGCCGUCAUCGUCUAAUCUAUUCUCGCCUACCUCGAGCCACCUGUUCUCGCCGCCACAUGCGGGCGGAAACGUGUUGCCGCAUCUGUUGAGAGCGGCAAGUGUGGAUGCGGGUGAUGGGGGAAGAGAGGGGAAGGCGUUUGGGGAGCUGAGGCGGUUUGUGAGCUUUGCGAGGGGGAGGGACUGA